AUGGAGGCUAUGCACCAGCGGAUUGAUAGAGGGCAUCAGCCUCAACAACUUGAAGAGGAACCCAAUCAGAGGGGCAGAGAUCGACUUAGGCGUAACCGAAAUAAAGAAGACGACUACUACAGCCAAAGAGGCAAUUCCUCUAGUGAGGGACAAAGGCGUCCAAGACAAAACAGAGAGGCUAGAGGGAGAAACGAUGAUGAUUUGAGAGGAAUCAAGUUACCACCAUUCUAUGGAAAGAAUGAUCCAGAUGCUUACUUGGAGUGGGAAAAGGAAAUGGAGUUAGUCUUUAGGUGUCAAGACUAUUCGGACCACAAGAAGGUUCAAGUGGCUCCUACAGAGUUUUAUGAUUAUGCGAUAAAUUGGUGGGAUCAACUGGUUACUAGUAGGAUGCGCCGACGAGUCCAGCCGGUUGACUCAUGGAAUGAGUUAAAAGCAGUUAUGAGAAAGAGCCACUAUAACAAAGAGUUGCCUCAGAAUUUGAGACGUCUAAGUCAAAGCAGCAAGAGUGUAGAGGAUUACUUCCAUGAGAUGGAGUCUCUUAUGAUUAAAGCUGAUAUUGAAGAAGAAGGAGAUGCAAUGGCAGGGUUUCUAGGAGGAUUGGCCAGAAAUAUUCAAGAUCAAAUGGAGUUGCAGACCUAUGAAGACUUGGAAGAGAUGUUGCACAAGGCGAUUCUAAUUGAGGAGCAACUUAAGAGGAAGAGCAGUACUCGACAUGUCGCUGGUUCUAAUUCAAAGCCGAGUUACUACAAGGAGGAGAAGUCAAGUUUUCGGCCUAGAACAGAAUUCAAAACAUAUGUGGGAGCUAAGCCAAAUAAUGUUGGACAGGAGUCAAAAGGAAAAGCUGAGGCUACUCACACAAGGAAUCGAGAUAUCCAAUGCUUCAGAUGUUAUGGGAUAGGACAUGAGAAUGGAGAGAUUGAUGGAGAAUGGAGAGAUUGA